GCGGCUCGGGGCGGGCCGCGGCCUCCCCGACGGGGCGGGCUCGGGGCGGGGCUGAGCUCGGCGGGGCUCGGCGGGCAGGACGCGGCUCGGCCCGGCCCGGCCAUGGCGUCUCCGUCGCGGCGGCUGCAGACGAAGCCGGUGAUCACUUGCCUGAAGAGCGUGCUGCUCACCUACACCUUCGUCUUCUGGGUGUCCGGCAUCGUGCUGCUGGCCGUGGGCGUCUGGGGCAGGGUGAGCCUGGCCGUCUACUUCUCCCUGCUGGACGAGAAGGCCACCAACGUGCCCUUCGUCCUGGUGGGCGCCGGCGUCGUCGUGGUCCUGCUGGGCACCUUCGGCUGCUUCGCCACCUGCCGCGGCAGCACCUGGAUGCUCAAGCUGUACGCCAUGCUCCUGUCCCUCAUCUUCCUCAUCGUCCUGGUGGCUGCCGUCGUUGGCUUUGUCUUCAGGCACGAGAUCAAGACAAACUUUGAGAGCAACCUCAACCUGGCCUUGAAGAACUACAAUGUGACAGCAGAUCAGCACAGCGAGGCGGUCGACACCAUCCAGAGAACUCUGCACUGCUGUGGGGUGCAGAACUACUCAGACUGGGAGAAGACCGAUUACUUCGCCCAGAGGGGAAUCCCUCGGAGCUGCUGCAAGAGCCAGGACGACUGCUCAGCAGAGGAUCUGAGAGAUCCAAGUAAAGCCAAGCUGAAAGUGUUUGUGGAUGGUUGUUUUUUCCUGGUAACAUCAACUAUGGAGUCAAAAAUGAGUGUUGUGGCUGGAAUCUCCUUUGGCAUCGCGUGCUUCCAGUUGGUUGGCAUCAUUCUCGCCUGCUGCCUGUCCCAGUACAUCACAAACAAUCAGUAUGAGAUGGUGUAGCUGGACCCCGGCAUGCUGUGGCUGUGACCAAGGGUAUUCCUCGUGCUCUCUGUGUUGGGGAAGACCACACCGCCUCCAGUGUUCGUCUGGGCGCUGCUUCGUGAAGUCUUGCUUUGAAUUGACUGAUCCUCUUCUCAACUAGCUCAUAGAAACGAGUGCAACAGCUGUUCUGCUGCGCUCAGGGACUUGUCAUAACACUACUCUGCUGUACCAUGGAGUGGGAUAAUUAGCGUAGCCGAGGUGGUUGUAGUAACUGCGUUCCUCCAGGCUCUGGGCUCUUCCCUCAGCUGCAAGCUGAAGCGCUGUGCUGGAGCAGCCGCUGCCGUCGUUCAUCUGCAGCCCUUGCUGGCUGCCAUGCGAGGCAGCCAUGUGGGAUGGGAUGCUCCCGGGCAGGAGCUGCUCUCACCUAGUGCCUCCCUCGGGAAAGCAGCGCUUUCUCUUAUCUCUGACCUCUGUUUUCAGCCCUCGGCAUCCCCUCACCAUUCAGGCUCACUCGCUGGACACGUUUCCUCUUCAGAUGGGGCUGUUGCCCCAUUUCAGCACUGCCCUGCCUGCUGCAGCUCUUUGCUCAGCAAGGUCUCGGCUUAUUGCCAAGCUCUCUCUCCUCCCCGGUUUUAUAUACUUUUUUAGAGUUGUACUUUUUUAAGUACGGGCUGUAGCGAUUCUUUGUAAGCUGUAGCGAGGUUUGGUGAUGUAGCUCCUGGUGCCUUUACCUUGGUAGGUGUCCUUGCACCGAGUCAGCUGUGACUUGAUUGUCAGUAUUAUAUGCUGCUUUAACUCAUUUUGUGUAUUGAGUAGAACUCUUGUCCUUAGACACAAUAAAUAUUAAGAUAUUUUACUCUA